AUGAUCUACAAUGUGUUUGAGCAGAAGGAACAACUGAGGAGCUGUGAGAGCUGGACCGACAAAAGGACUAAAGAAAAGACAUCAUAUGCCCUGGAUAAAGCUGAGAAAUAUUAUGAGACCAUAGAGUCUGGUAUUAAUACAUCUGUACAGACUGUGAGAGACACUUCUGCGUUUCUGAUUAAUCCUCUGUCCGAGUUCUACCCAAGUGUUAGUGCUGUAGGGUUUUCUGCAAUCCUCAGACUUUACCCUCCCAAAGGUAGGUGUGAAACUGAUUUACUCUUCCCCAUUGGAUUGAUGACUCUGAGCUCCUCCAUGUUCUACCCACAGCACGCUGCCUCUCUGGCCAAGGAGGCCAAAGACCAGAUAUCCAGUUUGGGUUCACAGCUACAUGUGUGUUUGGAGGACAUGUGGAAGGGAAAAUCACGUGGGAAGAAGAAAUGA